AUGCUACACUGUGCAGACCUGUCCAACCCGACGAAGCCGCUGCAGUUGUACCGACAGUGGACGCAGCGAAUCACAGACGAGUUCUUCUCUCAGGGCGACAGAGAGAGAGAGGCGGGUCUCCAACUCAGCCCCAUGUGUGACAGAGAGACUGCAUCUGUGGAGAGGAACCAGGUGGGGUUCAUUGACUACAUAGUGCAUCCUCUUUGGGAGGCCUGGGCCGACCUGGUGCACCCUGACGCUCAGGACGUCCUGGACACGCUGGAGGACAACCGCCACUGGUACCAGAGCAUGAUCCCGACAAGCCCCGCCCCCACCAGCCCCCUCCUCCCCCUGCCAGGUUCCACCUCCUCGACAGCAGCUGACAAGUUCCAGUUUGAGUCGACUCUAGAGGAGGAGAACGAGGAGAACGUGGAGGAGGAGACCCAGGAGGAGAAAAACCAGGAGGAACCUGAAGAAGGAGAACCAAGAGGAGGAGCGACCGAAGCAGCCUCUCCCGUUCACAAUGGACCCCCGCUCCGCUAA